AUGCCUGGCCUUCCCUGGGAGUCGAUCAACUCCUCGACAUUCGCCUCUGGUACCGACCAAGAGGUAGACAGUGGCUCGUGGUUAAGCCGCCGCGCUCACGCCGGCUCCCACGUGGCAUCUACCGUGAUCUACUCCCACCUCCGGUUUCUUACCAUCGGCAACCUGCACAAGAUUCCAUCCCAGGACGUCAACUAUUUGGAGUUCCAAGGCUGUCUGCACGUGCCGGCACGCCCAAUGCUUGAUGACUUCGUGGAGCAAUACUACUUGCACAUACAUCCUCUUAUUCCUCUCAUCGACGAAGGUGAAUUCUGGGACAUGUACUCCCAGACUGAAAGAGGUGUCGCGUCAAAUGAUACGAUGUCGCUGUUACUGUUCCAGACAAUGCUGUUUAGCAGCUGCACAUUUGUGCCGUACGAGACCAUCAAGAAGCUGGGAUAUUCCAGCCUUAAAACUGCGAGAGCCGCAUUCUAUCGAAGAGCCAAGUUGCUCUACGACAUGGACACAGAGAGCUCGCUCUUACCACUGGCGCAAUCCGCACUCCUGCUCAUUGCUUGGGUACCUCCCUGCAACUCAACCCAUAUCCCGUACAGGAUGUGGCUUGGACGCGCCAUCCAGCAUGCCAAGAGCCUCAACGCGGACCGCUUAGACACGGUGCCAGCAUUGUCCGACACAGCUACCAAAAAGCAUCACAGAGCGCUACGCCGUCUGUGGUGGUGUUGUGUUUCUCUAGACCGCAUCUCGCCGUUGUGUACCCGUUUCAACCCUUACAUUACUCGCGAAUCCUGCAGGUUUGAGGCAAACAAAUCCCUCAUCAUUUCCGAUCUCGAAGGCGAGGUCUACAGGUCCAACGUUUACAACCCCACCAGCAAGAAGCGCCUCGUCGGCCUCUUCAAGGUAUAUAUCGAUUUAACGAUCGUCCUGACCGAUCUUCUUACGCUGGUAUACCCUUUCGAAGACUUGUUAUGGUCGAGACAUUGGCCAACUCAGGAGGAAGACGCAAAGAUUCAGCAAUGCGAAGCUGCUAUGAAGGGGUGGUUUGUCCGAGCUAGCACUAAGUUCCCAGCCGUGAAAGAGGCACGGCAGACUACCUUGAACAAGAGGCACGAUCUACACAAGUCCGUGAUGCUGCACAUCAACCUGAUGUACAUAUAUUACUAG